AUGACAGAUUUGUCUAAGUUCAUGUCAGAGCGGCUAAGAGUAUCUAACUGUGCAGUUCGACACUUCGGCGCAGAAGAACUACCGUUGUCUUUGGAGACUUGCAUUGAUGAGGUUAUUACGUGGGCCUCACAAGCUGCCAACCCGCCGCUUGCCAUUCUUGCCCAACGGUUUCUUCGGUCAGUCUUGACACUCUCUUCGUAUGAAGUAGGUUGUCUGCAAGAAUGCUAG